GUAGAAAUCCGGGCGGGGCGGCCGUGCCGGCGGAGUGCCGCUCGAUCUGUACCGGCGGAGCGGUGAUGGCGGCGUUGCGCGGAGCCCCGCGGUUGCUCCUUUUCCCCGGCGAUGCGGCCGAGUCCGCAGCAGGCCGCCGCCUGUCCGUUGUGCUGCCCGCGGGGGCGGCUCCCGGCUCCGCGGAGGCUCCGCCGCCGGCCCGCAAACGGCAGCGCCUCACCCACCUGAGCCCCGAGGAGAAGGCGCUGCGCAGGAAGCUGAAGAACCGCGUGGCAGCUCAAAGCGCCAGGGACAGGAAGAAAGCGCGGAUGACGGAGCUGGAGCAACAGGUGGUGGAGCUGGAGGAGGAGAACCAACGGUUGCUGAGGGAGAACCAACGGCUGCGGGAACAGACAGGCAGCCUCUCCCUGGAGAACCAGGAGCUCCGCUGCCGCCUGGGCUUGGACGCUUUGAAAACGGAGCCGGAGUGCGACAAAGAACCUAAUGGAAUCCGCAGCACUCAGACUACGUGUUCCUCUGCAGCAGGUGCAGGCCCAGCUGUCACCAUUUCUGACAACCUCCACAUGGAUUCUGAUGGCAGUGACUCUUCAGAUUCUGAGUCUGAUCUCCUGUUCGGAUUACUGGACGUUCUGGACCCAGAAAUGUUUCUCAAAUGUGCUGAUUCAGAAUCAUCCAGCCUGGAGAAGCUGGAGGAAGAGAUGUGUGGAGAAACAAAUUCCAUACCGACCUCCCCCUCUCCCUCUCUGGGGUCCCCAUCAGCUAAGCUGGAGGCCAUUAAUGAACUCAUAAGGUUUGAUCAUGUGUACACAAAACCCUUAAUGCUGGAGUUUCCUGUUAAGAUGGGCAAUGAAACCAAUAUGCUUGUGAAAAUUGAGGAAGUCUCUCUCUCUCCGCCUGAAGACAAAGCUAUUGCUGAGGUCCCAGUAUCUGUGAAAGAGGAGCCUGUAGACAGCUUAAUGCCUGAGCUGGGUAUCUCUCAUCUGCUUCCCUCUCAUCAUAGCUUUGCAGCCUCAAGCUAUCUGCUGGAUGCUGGUAGUGACUCUGGAUAUGAAGGAUCCCUGUCACCCUUCAGUGACAUGCCCUCUCCUCUUGACACUGACCAUACUUGGGAGGAUAGCUUUGCCAGUGAACUCUUUCCUCAACUGAUCAGUGUCUAACUUGGUAGUGUUAAUUGUCCCUGGUUAUCUCCUGGCAGGGUAACAGGAUAUGCCUUUCUGGGGGGUGGAGGGGGUGAAAUUGAUUGUAUGCAGAAAAGUGUUGCUUAUUUCUUCCUAUGAAUGCUGGUAGAUGUAGUGAUGGCCAUUCAUUUCUACUGGUAAGGAGAAAAAAUAGGGUGUUUUUGUCCCCUCACUGCUCCCAUUCGGUGUUCUCUUAGGAGAAAAACUUUAAUUUCUCAGUAAGUCGGCAAUUUGGAAUGAACCUGAAAAUCAAAGUACUCUUCUUUAACUCUAAAAGCUUUAUUGGGACAUCUGUGUUUAGACAGCUGGGUUAAAACUAAAUGGUCUGUACAUUUUACAGAUUUACUGUGUAAAUGCUUGUUUUCUGUUGGCUAUGUAGAGUUGCUUUCUCUAUUUUAUUUAACUAUAUUGGUGCAAUUAAAGUGCAAUGCAGCUCA